UUCCUUGCUCCUUCUUGUCUCCCCUCCUGCUGUAUAUGUUCCUUCUUCCCUUUCCUUCCGCACUCUCGUACUCCUCCCCUUCGUCCCGAAUCGCGUGGCGAGGAGGUUCUGCUGCCCGACUGACCGUCCUCGACGCCUCUUAUACCUUUACUCCGGUCUGCGCGUUCUUCAGGAACGUACGUGUCCGUUUCCACGUUCCAUUCGAGAGACCGCGAUAUAUACCCCUCUUUUAAAAAUUAUUUACAUUAUAUAUAAACAGCCAGUAAAGAAACCUAGUCGUUGGUAGUGCAUCUCGAAAUAGCCAAGUCUCAAAUUAAAAGAUCGUUUAUCAAUAAUCAUCGUAAUAAUAAUUUUUGAAAUCGUUCUUGGUACGUUUGUUCGUCACGUUUAUUUGCUUCGAUUUGAUACGCUCGACUGUUCACGCAAACAGUGAUAUGGCACAGCUGAUCAGCGUCAAGCUAUCUAGGUUUGAUGGAUCUCCUUGGGGUUUUCGUCUCCAAGGAGGCAAGGAUUUCGGCACGCCGCUUGUUGUACAGAAGGUUAAUAGUGGUUCUCCUGCAGAAGCUGCUGGACUUAAAGCCGGCGAUGCGGUUAUUAAAGUCAACACCACUGAUACGUAUAAUUUAAGGCAUAAAGACGCGCAGGAUGUCAUAGUCAAGGCCGGAAAUAAUUUCGAAAUAACUGUUCAAAGAGGUGGCAGUACCUGGAAACCGCAUGUGACACCCGCAACCGCAAACCUGCCGUCUCCGAUACAUAGUGCCUCCGCAGGUAACAUUACGCCAGUCACAAAGACCUCUUUGGCAGCGAAGAAACAAGAUGGAUCUCACAUCGGUAGUGGACACAACUUUAGCCCCAAGCCAUUCCUGAACGGCACCAGCGACGGUCCAAUUAAAUCUAUUGUGAACAAACAGUACAACAGUCCCGUAGCAAUCUACAGCGAGGAAACCAUCGCGGAAACGCUGUCGGCUCAAGCGGAAGUUCUCGCUGGAGGUGUCCUUGGGGUAAAUUUCAAAAAGAACGAGAAAAAUUACAAUUCCGAGAACAGUGAGGUUUUCAAAAUGGUCCAGGAAGCGGACAAAGAACCAAAGACCCCGGAACCUGUUCCUUCAAGGACAGAAUUUUACUCCUCCGUGAGCCAUGCGAUUGGCGGAAGGGCCACUUCACCGAGGUCACCCACGCCUUUGUUUCAUGCUAUGGGCGGAGGUGAAGGUGCACCUGACGAUAGCAGGCACUUCAUAUCGCCGGAUGAAUCGAGGAAUCAGGCAUCGCAACAACAAAAGCAGGAAUCUUUCGCCGGGUCGGAGUCGACGUCAGGCGGGGUUGUUUGUAACAACUGCGACCGAUUGAUCGUAGGGGUCUUCGUCAGGAUCAAGGAUAAAAACCUGCAUGUAGAAUGUUUCAAGUGCUCGACUUGCGGCACAUCUUUGAAGAAUGUUGGUUAUUACAAUAUCAAUAAUAAAUUAUACUGCGACAUUCACGCAAAACUCGUCGCUAGGCAAAACGCACCAGCUGGUCUCGUACCUCUCACUAUACCACCAGGUGGCAAAGCACCAGCUAGCACUAUUAGCGCAGCAUUGGCGAGUGCACCUUUAUCGCCACCUCUCAGCAAUCAUGGAUCGUCGCCUCAGCCAUUCUCGACGUGCAAUCGUACGAGUCCCGAUUCCGGAUCUCAAUAUACAUGGCAAUGGAUCUCGAAUAUGAAUGAAUGUGUCAGAAAUGGCGAAUGCAACGGCGAAUCAAAAACGUUUACAAGCACAAUCACCAUCCAAACAGGUGGCACAGAGUCUACCGCCCGUCCUGGCACUUCGCCCGUUGAUCCACCCAGCUUACGAUUAGUUCAGGCACCAACGAGCAACAGUUUUAUUGGUCCUAAGCCUUUUGGUGGAUCGAGUGGUUUUUCAUCAAAUCUGUCACCGACUCCAACAUCAAAUACCGGUAGCAGUACUUUGCCACGUCCUCAGAGCCAGACUGUGACAGAAAUCCCCAGUGAAACUUACGAAAGAUCCUGCUAUUACGAGAUCGCGGAUAGUACGACAGACCAGUUCUCUCGUUCCAGUUUUGUAAAAUCCCGUCGGAAUCUUAUUUGGCCACCCCCAAAAUCUAUCGAAGAUAUUACAUAUCCUACUGCUAGUCCCCUCUAUAUCAAUCCAAAUUCCGUCCUCGACAGAAAGUGUCAUCAGGCGAUCAAGGAAAAACGUGCUAGUAUUGAGGCUUGCGAGCGAGCUUUGAACUGUAGAACGGAAAGAUAUCGAAAUAAAAGCUUGGAUCGAGAGAUUGAAAGAGCGUCGGUAGAAUACGGUCAUCUAUACGAAACUGACGCGAUGGAUCGAGUGAGUUGUCCUAGACAACCAAUAUAUCAACGUGUCGAAUUGGUGGAUACCAGCAGAAGCUCUCGAGCGGAUGUGACGACGUCGAGACCAAGUUCGACCGAUAGUGUCCGGAGAUCGUUGACGCCUACCAGAAUCGUUCAACCGAUUCCUAAACCGUGGACUGCGACCGUCAGCGGCGGUGGUACCAAUCUCUACCAGCAAAGUUAUAUAGCACAGCGGGAACAACCUGCAGGACAGGUUUGCAAAAAAUUUAUGCAACGGGAAAUCUGUCAUCAAGAAUCUAUAUCAGGCGGCAGGGAACAUCGAGAAGAACAGCGAGCUUAUAGAGCGGAAAUUUGUCGACGGGAACAAAUAAUAUGCCCGAAACCACCCUUGCCAAUACCUAAGCAGGAACCAACGGAAAUAGUAAAGGAAGUCGAUACCGAGGUUACCGAUUUGAGAGAUGAAACAGAUGAUGCAGAAAUUUCGAAAGGAAUUCAGGGCGAACACGACCUCAUCACCGAAACAGCUGAAGAGACAGUGGACGGUAUGCACGUGAAGCAGUCGGCGACUUUCGAAAAAACCAUGGAAAGAGUAUCUUCACCGAAGAGAUCUAAUACGAUAGAAGAAGUGGAUAACGCGACAGAGUCACAAUGUUUCGCAAGAAGAACCGAGACGCAUAUUAAUCGAGAGAUAGAGAACGCGGAAGAGCGAACUAUUGAAGAAUCCGCCGAAAUGAUUACAUCAACCAUCGACGCUCAACAGAUGUUGGAAAAAGCCAAGCAAGAAGAAGAAGAGAGAAAAAAAGAAGAGGAAGAAGAAGAACGAAGAAAGGAAGAGGAAGAAAAGAAAAAGCGUGAGGAGGAAGAGCGAAGACGUCAAGAGGAAGAAGAGAGAAAAAAACAAGAAGAAGAGGAAAAGGCUAAAAAGCAUGUGACUUUCAAUGAAGAAGAUGUAGAGGUCGCGGAAGUGCGAGAACAACCGCUGGGCAGAACUGUCGUACGAGAGGAACGAAUUACAGAAUCGGAAGGAUCCACUCCGGGACGUAACAAGAUCAUGAAAGAAACAUACGAAGAGAUUACCGAGGAAGUAUUGGUCGAGGAACGUAUAAGAAGAAAAAGACCCAUAGAAGAUGAGCGUAGAAAAAGUUUGCGGGAACAAGUGGAAGUACAUCAGAGUCUUCGAGAUCAACAAGCGCCAGAGAGACGGAAUAUCGUUGCAAGGUACAGUCAGCAGCCUCAGGAGACCAUGGAGACAUGCAAGAAAAAAGUGCAAUUCUUAAAGGAAACGGAAACAGGACCGAAACCUUUAUCAGACACAUCUGUGAAAAAUUCCACACCGAAAGAAUGGAAAUCUGAGAUGGUAAACGCUCUGACGACGGCGCCUGAUCGAUCUUACACACCAUUGAACGCCACUUCUAGUGUAAAGGAGCUCUACACCGAGGAAACUAUUUAUCUAGAUCAUAGAUGUCGACCUAAACCACCGCCUAAAAAAGAGAUUCGAUCAAUCUCGCCAUUUCAGCAAGCAUUGACAAUAGCACCCGAACGAUCUUAUACUCCUUUGAGUCGCGAAAUCGGGCCGGAAGAUCAGCAGAUCGCCAAUAGAUCGCAGACGCCGAGUCUUCAAGUUCAAAAUGGCGAUUAUUGCCCGCCGUUGGAUAUUCUGUAUGGCAAAGCAAGCACAACGAAGGAAUCUUACGCACGAGAGCAAGUGUGUAUCAAGAAAAAAGUUAAAGAAUCCGGACCACGACCUUUGCCUAUUCCGCCGCCCGAUCAUCGUCUAAGAGAUUCUUCGGCUUCGCCUGCUACGAGAUCUCGACCAGGAACACCAAAAUCGUUAACAGCUGGUCUGAAGAAACCGGAUGCUAUACCGGUCUAUCAGCGAAAUCUAAUAGGAAUGAAGAAGGAACCGGUGGAAGCUCAGCCGUUCGUUCCUAGCAGAACACCUACUCCGACGCCUGGAAGAUCUAAAUCACCCGCUCAAGGACCGCCCCCGCCGCCGGCUUGUUAUGUGAAAGCUCAAGCUCCAAGGAUCCGAGAGGAUCCACCGCCGUCGAAACGUGGAUCUGUUCAUUUUCCAUCGCGCAAGACCAUCUCUUAUCACGUGGAGGAAGAUACCGACAGCGGGCACAGGAAGCAGGAAUACUCCGCUUCGAGGACCGUGAAUUACGAUGAGAAGGAAACAAGCAGUCUUGAUGGAGGUCCGACAGACGCACUCUACGCUCAGUUCCAAGAAACGCGAUGUAUGACAAGCGACGAAACCAGCGAGCAACAAAGCACCGCAACUCAUGUAAAAAGAGCGCUUCAGGUAGUCGAGGAUUACGAGAAGUGUAAGCGAAAAGAUGUGUUGCCACCGGUAUCGCAAAGUACGAAACCAAGCAUUUGCGCCAUCGGCAAAGUGAGUCACACAAAACCGACCUUGAUAUGUCCUAUGAUAUCGCAAACCGAUUCGGUGUCGAAUAGACAACCGACGUACAGCAGUUCGACAGAAGUACGCCACGUACAAUAUGAGACUCCUUCCUCGAAAUCUUGUGCAAAGACUGGGAUGACUGUUCUACCUUGCAAAGCGCAUUCGGAUCGUGGUACUAAGGCUGGCGUUGUACCCUGCGAAGGUUCUCAAAUCACUUGUCCUAAAUCCGGUGUUUACGUGACGCCUACGAAAGAUCGAUCGGGAGUGUGUGUGUCGCCUUGUUUCGGUAUGCAAUCCGGCACCUGCGGUCAACCUUCGGGCACUUGCGGUCGCGAAUCAGGCUGCGAUUUUAAUAUUUCCGGUUGUCCUGAUUCGGAUAUCUGUGUGACUCCUUGCACCGACGGUUCUGUCUGUGUGGCACCUUGCAAGAAGCCUGGUCCGAAUCAGUCGAGGACGAAUCUUCCCUUUCCUCAAAUCCCGCUUCCUUAUGACGAAACUCCUGCGCCGGCUCCUCAAUAUUCUGCUCCGAGCUUCAAGCCUCGUACUAACCUGAGUGGUCAACUUGCGCGAUUGACCGCCAAGAACGGCCAACAAAAUGUGCCGGUAAUACAGCUUUAUAAGCCGAUCGGGUCCCCAGUGCAAAAUCAGCUACCUCAGGCUCGAAAUUAUAACGAGAGCACUUACUGCCACACGCAAAGCUACCGUGAGACUCACUGCGAAUCCGGCAAUCACUGUCAAAAUAACCGGAAUCACUACCAAGACCAGAUCCAUUGUGAUCCUCUUAGUAAGACCCAGAAUUUAGUAGACCCACCAAAUUUGUCGUCCCAUCCGGAUCUAGGUACCGGAGUCGGCGGCCUUGGCGGCGCGAGCUCCAAAAGCGGAUCAUUCGCCGGUAGCAGCGCGCCCAAACGCGGACGUGGCAUUCUGAAUCAGGCUGUCGGAGCAGGAUCGCGUGUACCACUGUGCGCUCACUGCAGUUCAUACGUCAGAGGACCCUUCAUAAGUGCUUUGGGUCAAAUCUGGUGUCCUGACCACUUUGUCUGCGUUAACGCUCAAUGUCGUCGUCCUCUUCAAGACAUCGGCUUUGUCGAAGAAAAAGGACAACUUUACUGCGAAUAUUGUUUCGAGAAAUUUAUCGCGCCCACAUGCAACAAAUGCAACAACAAGAUCAAGGGGGAUUGUUUAAACGCAAUUGGAAAGCACUUCCAUCCUGAAUGCUUCAGUUGCACUUAUUGCGGCAAACUUUUUGGCAACAAUCCAUUCUUUUUGGAAGAAGGAUUGCCCUAUUGCGAAGCUGAUUGGAAUGAAUUGUUUACCACGAAAUGCUUCGCAUGUGGAUUCCCAGUCGAAGCUGGCGAUCGUUGGGUGGAGGCCCUAAACAAUAAUUACCACAGCCAGUGCUUCAAUUGCACGAUGUGCAAGAAGAAUCUUGAGGGUCAAAGCUUUUAUGCGAAAGGUGGUCGCCCGUUCUGCAAAAAUCAUGCGCGUUAAGAUUGCAAGCUCUCGACCAUCGCAAAUAAUCGAUGGGAUGAUGAGAGAAGAACAGGAAAAGCAAAAUAAUGAAGAGGGAAUCUAACAAAAAUAAGAAGCGUAUUCUGUUAACGCACAAAUUAUUUUAUCGUGAUUACUUUCCUUUUUUGUGUCUUGACCGAAUUCAUUUCACUAACCCUUUGUGAGAUCCGCGAGGAAAAGUUACGAAAAUACAGGAUCAAUUAGGGUGAUAUUGAAAAAAAAAAUUUAUCGUUAAAUCUGAUAAUUAAUUGUAAUAUUGUUAGACGUGAUAAUUAUUUAUAAGGAUAGAUAUCGCAUAAAUGAUAUUUACAUCAUUCAGAAAGAUAAACAUAAUGAAGAUAAAUAUCUUUAAAAAAAUAGCGAAUAUAUUAUUAAUAUGAAAUAAUAUCAUAAUUUUAUUUUUUCCUGUAUCAACCAAUCACCCUGAUUAAUUCUACAAACAAUUAAUUCUGCACACAUUUUCAGAUACUAUAAUUGCCUCGCGUCGUUCGGCUACAAGAAAAUUAAUAAUUAAUAUUUAUUAUCUAGGUUAAUUAGGAAUGCGACGCAGGAGACCAAUAAUCAUUUUAGUCCUAAAAGAGACCAACGGAGACACAAUUUCUGUUUCCAACUUAUAAAGUUUAUUAAUUUAUUAUUUUUUUUGUAUUUAUAAGCACACAACACACAUGCACACAACAUACAUUCACAGAAGACGGUAUUUCUUUUAAUCAAAUAUUCCUUGAAAGACAUUCGUCGUUAUGUAUAAUUCUAUAAAUAUCUAUUUUGCGCUAAAAAUUCAUUCGCGCUUUGUAAAAUUAAUGAUUGUCUAUAAAGAUGUGUCUGGUUUUCAUUAUGAUUUUAUUUGAGACUAUCGAUAUUUUGAAUUGCAUUGUGAAAUCGACGUCGAUCGCAAGUGAGCGGCGCAAUUAAAUACAUUUGAUGACAUAUCCUUGCACUUUGCGGUUCUUGUUUAAUAGCAGAAGAUCUAAACGAUCCUUGCAAAGCUAGUAAAAUACCUCGUAAAGUCAUUCGUGGUAGGAAACAACACAUAACGGAUGCACCGCCAGUAAAGUCGUCGUUUGCUGAUCAGAAAUCACGCAAAGGUCACUCGAGCAAUUAGUAUUACGUGAGCUAUCGCAUAAUUUUGUAC